UGAAGCGAGUUCGCGCCGGAAGCCGUUGAUCUGUCGUGCUCUUCCUCUUCCGGUAACGUGCGCAUCUCUUCAGCACAUCCUACAGUCAUCAUGGCGUCUCUAUCGAUGACCCCCAUGAGCAUCUUCAGACACGGAGCGGACGAGGAGAAGGCGGAGACGGCGCGUCUGUCGUCCUUCAUCGGAGCCAUCGCCAUCGGGGAUCUGGUGAAGAGCACCCUGGGGCCCAAGGGCAUGGACAAGAUCCUGCUGGGCGGCGGCCGGGACAGCAGCGUGACCGUCACCAACGACGGAGCCACCAUCCUGAAGGCCAUCGGCGUCGACAACCCCGCCGCCAAAGUGCUCGUGGACAUGUCUAAGGUGCAGGAUGACGAGGUGGGCGACGGGACGACGUCUGUGACGGUGCUGGCGGCGGAGCUGCUGCGGGAAGCAGAGCUGCUGAUAGCUAAGAAGAUCCAUCCUCAGAUCAUCAUCUCCGGCUGGAGGAAGGCCACGCAGGCGGCGCGCGAGGCACUCAGGGAGGCGGCGGUGGAUAAUGGGAGCGACGAGCUGAAGUUCCAGCAGGAUCUGAUGAACAUCGCGCGCACCACGCUCUCCUCCAAGCUGCUGACGCACCACAAGGAACACUUCUCCAAGCUGGCCAUGGAGGCCGUGCUCAGACUCAAGGGAUCUGGCAACCUGGAGGCCAUCCACGUCAUCAAGAAGCUGGGAGGCAGCCUGACCGACUCCUACCUGGACGAAGGCUUCCUGCUGGACAAGAGGAUCGGCGUCAACCAGCCCAAGAGGAUCGAGAACGCCAACAUCCUCAUCGCCAACACCGGCAUGGACACGGACAAGAUCAAGGUCUUUGGCUCUAGAUUUGUGUGCUCAGGCGGAGAGAUCACCUCCACCUUUGACCACCCUGAGCUGGUGAAGCUCGGCCACUGUAAGCUGAUCGAGGAGGUCAUGAUCGGAGAGGACAUGCUCAUACACUUCUCUGGCGUGGACAUGGGUGAGGCGUGCACCAUCGUCCUGCGCGGGGCGACGCAACAGAUCCUGGACGAGGCCGAGCGCUCGCUGCACGACGCUCUGUGUGUGCUGGCGCAGACGGUCAAAGAGACACGCACCGUGUUCGGCGGAGGCUGCUCCGAGAUGCUGAUGGCUAAAGCCGUGUCCGAUCUGGCCAACCGCACGCCAGGGAAAGAGGCCGUGGCCAUGGAGUCCUUCGCUAAAGCCCUGAUGAUGCUGCCCACCAUCAUCGCUGAUAACGCGGGGUACGACAGCGCAGAGCUGGUGUCUCAGCUGAGAGCCGCUCACCAGGACAACAAGAGCACCUCCGGCCUGGACAUGAGCCAGGGCGCGGUGGGAGACAUGGCGGCUCUGGGCAUCACCGAGAGCUUCCAGGUGAAGAGGCAGGUGCUGCUGAGCGCAGCCGAGGCGGCUGAGAUGAUCCUGCGCGUCGACAACAUCAUCAAAGCUGCUCCCAGGAAGCGUGUGCCGGAUCAUCACCCCUGCUGAACACUCGGAGCGGCCCGUGUAUUUAUUGACAGGAAAUCGAUGAUCUUUGUUUUGUAGUUUGUGUGUAGUCGCACUUCCCAAGCAUUGGUUGUCUGCAUGUUACUGCUCUACUCCUUUUGUUUACUCAAUAAAACCGUCACGAACAUCUGAA